AGUUGGUUGCGUCAAGCUUGAAGCUGACAGGAUGCUGAGAUCAGAGGGCGAAUUCCAACCUUGCUGCCUUGAUUGAGGACAUCAUUUGAUCAGAAUACUGUCACUUUAGUGCAUGUCGGCCUUGCUGGUAAAGGAGGAAUUGCUUUAUGAGCUCGUAUGCGCAUGUAAGCGUGAACAUUUCUGUCUUUUGAAUGAGUAUUGCCUGGCUAAACGCAAACCUGCGCUGUGGACACAAAAACUCUUACAUUGCGAGUUGAUGCAGUGCUUGCUGAGGAUCAGCGAGGCUGUGGGAGAUCCUUUCAAGUAAUUCGGCGAAUCCGAUGUCCAAAGAGAACCACUUCUCUCCCGGUCUGUCCGGUGCGUAAAAGCGGCCACGGUGACUCUCCAAACUCCACUCUGAGAGCAUUUAUCGGAAUGAAAACGAAAAUAUGCUUUUUGCGAUUUUGCUGAAUUUGACAAGGGGAUUAUCUACGGUACGGCUGCUACCUGCUUACUUGCCUGCCUAUUUGGGUCACUUGCUUAGCUCCAACGCGUUUUUAUUAGGCUACAGAUUCCUGGCCUGUUGAAUUCAUCGUUAUCCUUCCUUCAUGUCGCAUUGGAAUAACUUAAUCUAUCAUGGAUUUGAUUUUCUUUACAAAGUCACCGUUUAGGCUCGGUUUAGACAUCCUAUAGACACUUUAGAGUGCAAUCGAACCCACGUAGAAGCGCAACACCAAGAGGGGAACAUGGACAGAAAUGCCCCAGACGGACCGUUGCUGGAUGACUUGAGCAAACUCACGGACGAGGAGCUCUCUAGGCUCGGAAAAGAUGAGCUCAUCAGGAAGCUACGGAGAACGGAUAACGAGAAAAUGAACUUAAUGGUGGAGCACGGGAACAUGAUGAAAGACGUGAACCGGAGACUACAGGUCCACCUUCACGAGAUCCGCAGCCUCAAGGAGAUCAACCAGAAGCUGCAGGACGACAACCACGAGCUCCGGGAGCUCUGCUGUUUCCUGGACGACGACAGGCAGAAGGGCAAGACGCUGUCUCGGGAGUGGCAACACUUCGGCCGCUACACCGCCGGAUCGAUGUGGAAGGAUGUCGGGGUGUACCAUCAGAAGCUGAAGGAUCUGGAAGCUAACCAGGGCUCUGUGAUGCGGGAGAACCUGGAACUGAAGGAGAUCAUUCUGAUGUUGGAGGAGGAGAGGAACGGAGCCGGGUCACGGAGCUCUAUAGACUCCCAGUCCAGCCUGACCAACCUGAACGGGGGCACCAGAACCAUUAGGGACGUCGGGGACGGGAGUAGUACCUCCAGCACCGGCAGUGUCGGUAGUCCUGACCACAACCACAUACACAUGCCCGCCGCGUCCCUGCGGAGGUCUAUGGACGACCUGUCGCCGCUGUCAUACAUCCAAAGGAGCAUCCCUAAUGAACUGCAUGGUAACUACAUCAGGCAAAUGGAGACCAAGGUCCUGGAGGAUGACAACAAGCAGCUUCUAUCACAGCAGUCUAAAAGUGGUGAUCUGAAGAGUCUGAGGAAGGGCUUCUAUCACUCUGAGUCUCAGCUCUCACAGUACCAGCAAGACCCACUGCAGAAUGGCUCUGGUAGGUCCCCCAGUGGUGAGCCGUCCCCCCCAGCAGACUACCUCCCAGUGGGCCAGAAGCCAGAGGCUGUGGUCCAUGCCAUGAAGGUACUGGAGGUCCAUGAGAACCUGGAGAAGAAGAUCCCUGAAGACUACGAUGAAGACCUCAGUGAAAAGGAGAAGGCCAUCGUCAGGGAGAUGUGUAAUGUGGUGUGGCGUAAACUAGGUGACGCUGCAGGAUCCAAGCCUUCCAUCCGCCAGCAUCUCUCUGGGAACCAGUUCAAAGGGCCCUUGUAGUCCUUAAGACCACAUUAAUCAGCGCACAGCAGCACUCAGACGAGACAAACGGACAGACAGACAAAUGAACAACAACAACCAUGGACCCGCAGCACUGAGUGCACAAACAAGGGGCACAUCUCAAAUGAAUCCCUCCUAUUUUCUCAGCACUGUGUGACCGUGGCUAGAUGAUCCCCACAAACUCUAGCCUGAACCCAAACCUCUGUGCUUAGCCUCCCCUAACAUUGUCCCCUGGUGAAUAUAGGAAUGUAGGCUACACCUGACCUGGGUAGUGGGUACAGUCAAUCUCAGUUUAGAUCGGACAAAAUAGGCUGCGCCGAUGAAGGGUUAAAAACAGCGGUUGGCAAUCCUUAUAGCCUCUGACCACAUUGGCUCUCAUUUUCUGUUUAUUUCAAAACAAUUCUACAUGUUGAAUGACACACCGUUCGUCAAUACCCAGCAGGUAAUCUAGUGCCCACGGCCAACGUUGGUUAUGGAAGAGGAGGAUAAACUGCCCCUUACAACCAGUCACUAGACCUGAGCUACAGUACUUUACCUGACCCUCUGCCAUCUCCAACCAACGUCUGUUUUGGUGUUUGUAAAUGUUCACCUACCAAGUGUUCAAGACUGACAACCACUCCAGGACAAACCAUUGUACUAUUCUCAAGUCAAGGCCCUGAUAUGUUCUGUUCUUGCCUUUACUUCCAUUACUUUUCCAUUCAACAGCAACUGACUGGCAACUCCUUACAACAUAGAAGAGGACAAAUACUGGAAAUCGCAUGAUGUCAUUUCCUUCAGUGUAGAAUCACAAGCCAUAGGUUUAUACAAUGUGAAACCUAGCUGCUGUAGGAUGCUGUUUAAUAAUGUAGUCCUCUUUUGUCUGAGAGAAGUAUGUGUACAAAUGUAGACGGAAAUCCUUUCAAAGUGUUAAACUAAAUUCUAGCACUAAAGUAGGUUGUUUAACAAAACGUAGUGCUAUUAUUUUACCUGUUGUUUUUAGUGUUCAUGUUUGUUUGUGCCUCAAAUGGCAUCCUAUUCUUUAUACCAACACUAUAUAGGGAAAAGGGUGACAUUUGGUAUGCACACUUUAUAACUAAGUACAGAAAGUGGCACACCGAGUGCAGUUUCAUAAAUGUACUCCCAAGGCAGAAAGCUUAUAGCCUGGGGGCCAGUCUGCUUAGCCACUCCUGAAAACUCCUUAUAGAACUGUCAUGACAAACAUGAUACAGUGACAGCAAUGGAGUUGGUAAAAGCACAAACAGUUCUGGGACCAGACUAGAAGGCUGUCAUACUAUUAACUGAAACAUGAACUCAAGGGAAGGUUACGGUUCAUGCCUAAUAUACUGUCGCUUCUGAUGAUUUAUCAUGGAUCAGAAAGUCAGACUCUUGCUCGAUGGAAGUGGGACUUUUCACUUACAAAUCUGCAGAUCUUAUAUAUGACAAUCGUUGAAACGGUUUGCAAACAACUUAUUUUGACCAGUCCUAAGUAUUCUCUAUGAGCUCUUGCCCAUUCAACCUCUGAAUGGCACACAUACACAAUCCACGUCUCAAUUGUCUCAAGGCUUAUCCUUCUUUAAUCUGUCUCCUCCCCUUCAUCUACACUGAUUGAAGUGGAUUUAAUAACUGACAUCAAUAAGGGAUCAUAACUUUCACCUGGAUUCACCUGGUCAGUCUAUGUCAUGGAAAGAGCAGGUGUUCUUAAUGUUUUGUACACUCAGUGCAUGUAUACUGAGUUCUCGGAGCUGGAUCCUAUGUAUACUUUAUAAGGUGUCUUAGCUGGCUCCUGUACAUUAUGACAUGUGUUAGGCCUGUGUAUGCUGUAUGAAGUCUCAUAGAUUAUCACUGUACAACCAGUCAGUCUAGCAAUCCUUGGCAAGUCUCAUACAAUUCUUAUGUAUGCUCAAUGAAGUCUCAUAGAUGAUCACUGUGCGUGAUUAAGUCUCCUAGGGUCCCUAUGUAUGCUGUGUGAAGUCUCAUAGAUGAUCACUGUGCAUAAUUAAGUCUCCUAGGGUCCCUAUGUAUGCUUAUGAAGUCUCAUAGAUGAUCACUGUGCAUAAUUAAGUCUCCUAGGGUCCCUAUGUAUGCUGUAUGAAGUCUCAUAGAUGAUCACUGUGCAUAAUUAAGUCUCCUAGGAUCCCUAUGUAUGCUUUAUGAAGUUUCAUAGGUGUCAUCUCUAUGUGAGGUCUUCCAGCGGGACUUCAGUGUACAAUACACUAUGUAGCUAAAUGAAGCUUCAUAGCUGUGUUCUAUACUCUACGGUGGCUCCUAGCCGAUGUCUGUGUAUUUGAGUCAUCUCAGUAUUGUACGGGGUCUUUUAGGUGACAUUACCUAUAUAACACCGUCAUAAGACUGACACAAGACGUCAUUAAGAGUUAACAGACAGAUGUCAUUAGGAGUAAUAACAUCUAUGUAUAUCCUAAUCUCUUCUUUAUAGGGAGUUGUACAAUGCAUGUACAAUGAAUGAAGUGUCAUAGCUGUGCUGAGUUCUAUGUACAUGCAUAUGUUAGGCCAGUGAAUACUGUAUAUGAGCACUCAGAGUCUAUAUACUGUAGGAGUAAUAUUGGCUUGCCUCUUUC